UCAUCGAGCUUUCAAAUUCAAAAUCACACACAUAAAUUCAAUCUCUCUAUUACUAUUCCAAUUCUGAUAUCAUGGAGUCCGGGAAGACAACAAAGGGUGCGGGAGGAAGGAAAGGCGCCGGAGAGAGGAAGAAAUCGGUGACAAAGUCUGUUAAGGCCGGGCUUCAGUUUCCCGUCGGUAGAAUCUCAAGGUUUUUGAAAAGAGGCCGAUACGCUAAACGAACUGGAUCUGGUGCGCCGAUCUAUCUUGCUGCUGUUCUUGAGUACCUCGCUGCUGAGGUUUUGGAGUUGGCUGGAAAUGCAGCAAGAGAUAACAAGAAGACGAGAAUUAACCCUAGACAUGUGCUAUUGGCUGUGAGGAACGAUGAAGAAUUGGGAAAAUUGCUUGCUGGUGUGACGAUUGCUAGUGGAGGUGUUCUACCAAACAUCAAUCCAGUUUUGUUGCCCAAGAAAUCUGCAGCUGUCGAUGCUGAGAAGACGCCUAAAUCUCCCAAAAAAGCCGCAAAAUCCCCCAAAAAGGCAUAGAAUUUUGCAUCCGGACUGGUGAUUCUUGGACAAGUUGUAUGAAAUUAGCGUAGGUCAAAUGUUAACAAAACUCCCCGUUUUGUAAUAUCAUUAUGAAAUGAAAUUUUUUGCAUCUUAA